AUGGACUCCAGCAACCUGGCCAUAGGAAUGAUCUUCCUUCUGCAGACCACAGUGGGAAUCUCAGGGAAUUUCUGCCUUGGUCAUUAUAUCUUCCUGCGCUUCACCACAUGCAGGAGGAGACCCACGGAUUUGAUUCUCCAGCAUCUGAUCAUCGCCAACUUCUUGGUUAUUGUCUCCAAAGGAGUCACCAAUACAAUGGCAGCACUUUGGCGAACCUACUUCUUCACUGAGGUUGGAUGCAAACUUGUAUUCUAUGUCCACAGAGUGGGAAGGGGAGUGUCCAUUGGCUCCACCACCCUCUUGAGCCUCUUCCAGUUCAUCACCAUCAGCCCUCCAAACUCCAGGUGGGCGGGCAUCAAAACUAAACUUCCCAGGUGGGUUGGCAUCUCCAGUUUGUUCUGCUGGGUGCUGUUUAUAUUAACAAAUUUAGUUACUCCAUUACAUGUAACUAGCAAAUGGAUCAGCAGAAACAUUACGACAAUUAAAGAUUUGUGGUACUGUAACAGCGUCCUCAGGGACGAAGUCACCACCUCACUCGCCUCAGCACUGCUCCUACUCCCCGAUGUGCUGUGUUUGGGACUCAUGCUCUGGGCCAGCAGCUCCAUGGUUCUCAUCCUGUACCGGCACAAGAAGCGGGUUCAGCACCUGCACAUGACUCCCUUCCCCAGAUGUGCUCCAGAAACCAGAGCGACCCAGAGCAUCCUUAUGCUGCUGAGUGCCUUCGUCUCUCUGUACACCCUCUCCUGCAUCCUUCAUGCUUGUCUGGCCGCCAUCAAGAAUCCGAGUCUGUGGCUGGAGAACGUCUCAGUCCUCAGUGCUGCAGGUUUCUCCACCAUCAGUCCCUACAUUCUCAUGAGCCAGGAAUCCCAAGUGCCCUGCUCCUGCUUGGCCUGGCUGAGGAAGACACCAUCCCUGACAUGGUCCUGGACAAGGUGA